UGUCACUCUGUCACUCUGUCACUCCACUCCUAUGCACACAUUUCCUUGCACGCUACCACCUCGCGUUUUGUCACGGGUCGCGAUGGCAUUUCAUGGCUACGCGUCGAGGAGUAGCGGGCGACAGCAAGACUCGUCGCGUCCUCCCCGCCUUGCCCUCCCCACGACUUGCUCUGUACUACCUUUCCCACUUCAUCUCUCCUCCUCAUCCCCUUCUUCCCCUCCACCUUCAACCUUCCAUUGUUUCAAUACGCCUCUAUCUAUACUACCACACCCUUCAAUCAUCCAUUGUCUCAAUACACCUACACUAUCACACCCGACUCACAUUUUCCCCAAUCCCAAUCCCCAUCUACUCUAUUCAUCAUGAAGCUCAAGGAACUCGCCACUCGUCCUCUCCAUACGAGGUACCCCCGCCACCGCAGAGAUCCGCUGCUCCCACCGGUCCGCGACUGUGCAAUCGUCCAUAAUCUUCCCGAACGGCCAAACGAUAUGGUGGUUGCUACAAUCAAGUGUGUCGUUGUCGGAGACGGAGCUGUUGGCAAGACUUGUCUGCUCAUUUCGUACACUACGAAUAAGUUUCCCAGCGAGUAUGUUCCUACGGUCUUUGACAACUACGCCGUCACUGUUAUGAUCGGUGACGAGCCAUACACGCUUGGACUGUUUGAUACCGCUGGACAGGAGGAUUACGACCGUCUUCGUCCCCUGAGCUACCCCCAGACCGACGUCUUUCUGAUCUGUUUCUCGGUCAAUUCGCCCGCGAGUUUCGAGAACGUUAAGGAAAAAUGGCUUCCCGAGGUUAGGCACCAUUGUCCUGGGGUUCCCUGCCUCAUCGUGGGCACCCAGAUCGAUUUGCGCGAUGACCCUGCUGUUAUCGAGAAGCUGGCGAAACAGCGUCAGCAGCCCAUCUCCCCCAAGCAGGGUGAAAACCUCGCCAAGGAUCUCAAUGCGGUGAAGUAUGUCGAGUGUUCUGCUUUGACGCAGAGAGGCCUUAAGAAUGUCUUCGACGAGGCUAUUGUGGCCGCAUUGGAACCGCCAGCGGAUAAGAAGAAGAAGAAGUGUGUCUUUUUGUAAGCAAUCACGACUUGAGAUGUCCUCCUAUACUCCGGGAUCGAGACGAUCAUUGAAGGAAUGACACCUCGGUAUGCAUGGCUACGGUUUGCUCGUCGGUGUCGUUCGGUCCAUUCUCCUUUCUACUUCAUCGUUGUUUCGCUACAGGCUAGGGGGUUGCUUUUCUGUACUCGUCUUUUCGUCUUGUAAUGGGGGCUCGCUUCGCUUCAAUUCUUGUGUAGCAUUUGUUUCCGUUCUUGUGCUCUUCAAGUUUUCUUCUUCUCCCUUCCCGUACUGUUGAAGAUUUCCCGUCUUUGGUUAUUAUUUUUUUCUUUGAGGGAUGGGAUGUGUGAUGUAUUUUUUCUUCUUUCCCUUUUCCUGUUCUUUCUUGGAUGUUUGUUCUCUUUUUUUUCUUUCGUUUUCUU